CCUGGUUCAUUGAUAGCUUCGUGGCGUCGCGGCAUGUUCAGCUACCUGUCGGAGAAGCUGAAUGUGAAGGCGCUGGGCGAGAUGAUCGCGCCAACACUGACCCCGGAGCAGCAGCUCCAUCAGGCCAUCGAGGACAACCUGAUUGACAAGGUUCGCCACCUCUUGGAUGAUGUCAAGGUGAGUCCGAACGCGCGGACGCCCGAAGGAUCGUUCCCUGUGCACACGGCCGCGUACAACGGCCGCGUGGACAUCCUUCUUGCCCUCAUCGAACGCGGCGCGGACAUUUCGGCGCUUGGACCUCGCGACAACACACCUUUGCAUCUCGCGUGUGCGCAGGGCCACCUCGAAAUGGCCAAACUGCUUGUCGCCAAAGGCGCGAAUGUCGCGCAGCGCAACAAGAGUCACAAGACAUCGUAUGACGUUGCCACGGGCGACACGUUGCGUCAAUGGCUUCUCCCGCUGCAGUUUCAGCACGAGGAUCCGACCGACCGCGCCGCGGCGAUCCAGCAGGCACAGAACAUGGGGCUGUCGGGCUUUGAAACGGGAAACGUGGUGGCAGCACCCCCGCCGCCGCCUCCCACUUCUGGUGCAUACUACGGUGCCCCGCCUUCCGGAGCUGCUCCACCCGCUCCGUACGACCCUCAUGCAGCGUUGUACGCUCCACCGACCCACAGUGCCAUCCCUCGUCACAACCCAUCGGCCCAACAAACCCGUCGCGAUCCGUCAGUGUUUCGACCAAUUCAAGCUGACGGGUUUGGCUCGAGUGUUGGCAACCCCGAGCUCACGGCGAAAUUUGGCAACACGGUCUCCGUCACCCAAACAAGCGCUCCGCCUCCGCCACCGGGAGGUGCUGGCCCCAGCGCCUACGCUCCAUUCGCGGCUUCGGAGCCCACGUCGACCCCUGUUCCUAUGCGCCAAAUCCAACCGCCUCCCCAGUUUAAGAUUUUCAAUCCUCGAGCUGCAUCGGGCGGCGGGCGCCCGCACUCUGCCGGGGUGUCCCAGCCUCCGCCCGCAGUUGCAUCGUCGGGGCCGUUUUCCGGCCCAUCAGCGUACUCCGCGGCCCCUGGCUUCCACCACGGCCCUCCAUCCCCCACAGAAUCCCCUACGCACCACGGCGACGCCAUCGACUUCUCCGCGACCACCAGUGCGUUGCAGUAAAUUUUCUAAGACUUUGUGGUCGGUCCCGUAGCUUCAUCUUAAUGCAAAAGAGGGACAUCCCUUUCAGUGUCGUCCCUGCUUUGGAGCUCUCGUCACGGCGUCGAGUGCGAUCUCGGCACGCACGUCACUAGCGCCAACAAC